CGAUGUAACGGGAAGGGUACAUUUUUGCGUAAAGGGGAAACUUUGUAUGGACAUGAGGAUAAUUGGGGACAACUCGCCAUUUGUAACAGAAAAGCUGGACUUGUGAGGAAAAAACGUCAUCUUUUAAUCACCAUUUAAACCUACAGGGUGUUUUUAAACCGCUUCUCGCUCUUAAUUAAAUAUGAAAUGAGAGUUUGACGGAUGAAAAUGCGCGUGGACCCCACAGCUGUGCACUGAGGAGAGGAGGUGCUCAGAGAAGCCCGCCAAUGCUCACCUUUGGUCGGCACUUCAAAGCAACUUGUUGAAACAUUCAUCCGCGAGCGUCAGUGAGAGGAAAGGUAGCAGCAUGGCUGAGCACGAGAGCCUGGAGUAUGGGAAGGCAGAUUUUGUGCUGUUGGACAACGUGUCUAUGGAGGAGUUCAUGGCGAACCUGAAACUCAGGUUUGAGAAGGGGAGGAUCUACAGCUACAUCGGAGAGGUGGUGGUGUCCGUCAAUCCUUACCGUGCCAUGAACAUCUAUGGCCGCGACACCAUAGAGCAGUACAAGGGCCGCGAGCUGUACGAGAGGCCGCCCCACCUCUUCGCCAUCGCCGACGCUGCUUACAAAGCCAUGAAGAGGAGGAACAAAGACACUUGUAUUGUCAUCUCAGGGGAAAGUGGAGCAGGAAAGACAGAAGCCAGCAAGUAUAUAAUGCAAUACAUUGCUGCUAUCACCAAUCCCAAUCAGAGGGCUGAGGUGGAGAGGGUGAAAAACAUGCUGCUUAAAUCCAACUGUGUCUUGGAGGCCUUUGGGAACGCCAAGACAAACCGCAACGACAACUCCAGCCGCUUUGGCAAAUACAUGGACAUCAACUUUGACUUCAAGGGAGAUCCCAUCGGAGGCCACAUCAAUAACUACCUGCUGGAAAAGUCCAGGGUGAUUUUCCAACAGGAAGGAGAGAGGAGCUUUCAUUCAUUCUACCAGCUGCUUAGAGGAGGUCCAGAUUCCCUCUUACGCUCUCUUCACAUCCAGAAGGAUCCGACGGCCUACAACUACAUCAAAGUUGGAGGCCAAAUUAAGUCUUCCAUCAAUGAUGGAGCUGAUUUCAAAGCCGUAGCCGAUGCCAUGAAAGUGAUCGGUUUCACAGGGGAUGAGAUUCAGACUGUUUACAAGAUCGUGGCCACCAUCCUACAUCUGGGCAACAUGACAUUCGGGGUGGACGGUGACGUGACCUUGAUAGAGAACACAAAGCUGGUGUCUGUGAUCAGGGAUCUGCUUUCCACCAAAGAAGAAAACGUGGAGAAGGCGCUGCUCUACCGCACCGUGGCCACGGGUCGAGACGUCAUAGAAAAGCAGCACACGGCACAAGAGGCCAGCUACGGACGGGACGCUCUCGCCAAGGCCAUGUACGAGCGCCUGUUCUGCUGGAUUGUGGGACGAAUCAAUGACAUCAUCGAGGUGAAGAACUACGAUGCCAGAGUCCACGGGAAGAACACCGUCAUCGGGGUGCUGGACAUCUACGGUUUUGAGAUUUUCCAGAACAACAGCUUUGAACAGUUCUGCAUCAACUACUGUAAUGAAAAGCUGCAGCAGCUGUUCAUCCAACUGGUGCUGAAGCAGGAGCAGGAAGAGUAUCAGCGAGAAGGCAUCCCCUGGAAACAUAUUGAUUACUUCAAUAACCAGAUCAUUGUGGAUUUGGUGGAGCAGCAGCAUAAGGGCAUCUUCUCUGUGCUGGACGAAGCCUGUAUGAACGUGGGCAAAGUCACGGAUGAGGUUUUCCUCCAAGGACUCAAUGGCAAGCUGGCCAAACACGCCCACUACACGAGCCGCAAGCUCUCACCGACCGACAAGAGUUUGGAGUUUGACAGAGACUUUCGCAUCAGGCACUACGCAGGAGAUGUGGUGUACUCAGUGGUGGGUUUUAUUGAUAAGAACAAAGACACUCUGUUCCAGGAUUUCAAGAGACUGCUAUACAACAGUUCUAACCCAGUACUGAAGGGGAUGUGGCCCGAGGGCAAACUGAGCAUCACUGAGGUCACCAAACGACCACUGACAGCUGCAACGCUCUUUAAAAACUCCAUGAUCUCGUUGGUGGAGAACCUGGCCUCCAAGGAACCCUACUAUGUUCGCUGCAUUAAACCCAACGAUGUCAAGUCCCCUCUACUCUUCGAGCAGGAGCGCUGCCGUCACCAGGUGGAGUACCUCGGGCUGCUGGAGAACGUCAGAGUGCGGCGUGCUGGCUUCGCCUACAGACAGACGUACCCUCGCUUUCUACAGAGAUACAAGAUGAUCUCAGAGUUUACGUGGCCAAACCAUGACCUGCCAUCAGAUAAAGACGCAGUGAAGAGGCUCCUGCAGGGGUGUGGAUUCGACCAUGACGUGGCUUACGGCAAAACCAAGGUCUUCAUCCGCACGCCACGUACGCUCUUCAGCCUGGAGGAGCAGCGGGCGGAAAUGGUCCAGAGAAUUGUCCUCUUCCUCCAGAAGGUGUGGAGAGGCACCAUUGCCAGAAUGCGAUACCGGCGGAUGAGAGCGGCCCUUGUCAUCCUGCGGGCCUACCGACGCUACAAGGUGAAGUCUUACAUCCGAGAGGUGAACCGGCGCUUCAAAAAUGUCCAGUCCAUGAAGGAUUACGGCCGCCAUGUGAAGUGGCCCACGCCUCCCAAAGUCCUGCGCAAGUUUGAGGAGGCACUCAGGAGCAUCUAUAACAGGUGGUGGGCAUGGACACUGAUCAAAGGCCUCUCUCCAGAAGAAGCCCUGCAGGUGAGGGCCAAGGUAGCCAGCCUGGAGGCCCUGAAGGGCCAUAGGGCCGACCUGGGGCUACAGAGGGCCUGGGAAGGAAACUACCUGAAGCGAGACAGCCCCGAUACGGCUUCAUCAUUCACACUGGUGUCCAGCGAGCUGCAGCGCAAAGACAAAUUCAUGAGAGUUUUGUUUUCCUGCAACGUGCGCAAGAUCAACCGUUUCCACAAGGCAGAGGACCGGGCUGUGCUCAUCACUGACCGCCACCUGUACAAGAUGGACCCCCUGAAGCAGUACAAACCCAUGAAGAGCAUCCCCCUCUAUAACGUGACGGGAGUGAGCGUGUCCCCUGGGAAGGACCAGCUGGUUGUGUUCCACACCAAGGACAGCAGGGAUCUCGUGGUGUGCCUGCAGGGCAUGGUGCCUGCCAAUGAGAGCCGCAUCGGGGAGCUGGUUGGCACCCUACUUAGCCACUUCAAGAGUGAGAAGAGGAAGCUGCAGGUGAACAUCGCGAGUCCCAUCCAGUGCAGCAUGAGCGGGAGAAAGUGCACCAUCAUCGUGGAGCCCAAGAUCAACCAGUCGCAGCCAGACUUUACCAAGAGCCGAUCUGGUUACAUCCUGGCUGUUCCUGGCAACUAAAAAACGGUGGAAGGAAAAAAAGCGACAGCUGAUUUCAAAACCAGGCCAUGAUGAUGAUGAUGAUGAUGAUGAUGAUGAUGAUUCACUUUUGUUUUGCAGAGCUGCUGGUAAUGUGAUGAUACAGAUAGCCGCUCUGGAGGAGGAUUGUGGCAACUCAGUUCUCCAUAUGCAAAGCCAUGCCAAAUUUGACCUGUUUUUAGAUUUCUAUGCAACUUUACCAUAAACAGGGAGCGUACACUACGCCUACAUGCACGAUGUCACCAGCUAAACAGGUUUUUAUAAAAUGCACUACAGGAUAAUCCACCAAAGUGGUGUUUUUUUUUCUUUCUAAAGAUCCAAAUUUCAACUGAUUUGCUUUGUGCAAUAUUUACUUUAUUGUAGAUGGAAUAUUGUGGUCGUGGAGGUGAGAGGAGAUUAUGCUGCAACUGUUCUCUGAAAAACUGAUGUUGCGUAACAGGGAAAAAAAUCCAAAGGCUUUGCAGGAAUUUAUAAUCCGUGCAGCUCCCUGUGUAGGAGCUGGAAAAGUAAAACCCUAAAAAGAUUAAAUAAGAUGAUAUUUAUGUUUGAACACUUUUUGUAAUGUAUAUUCUAAGGAAUAGUAACGUCAGUGACCUUGAUUGAAGUCUUACUACCGACAUGGUAAAUGAAAGGAAAUGCAGUGUCCACUUUGAGUUCACUUAAUAUUUACAAUCACAUAUGAGAACAGCGACAUGUGAUUCAGUGGUUCAGUCAGUGUCUGAGGCACGAGCUCCAAAGUCCUUGUUAGUGUGUUAGUCACAGGAUGUGUUGAGCAUAUCCUGAACAUCGCACCCUGCUACAUGCAAAGUGUUAAAGAGCUAUUAAUUUAAGUCCUGCUUCUUAUACUCUCUACUGCAACGUGUGUACUUUUAUAAUACUCUCAUACUGCUUAUAUAUCAAAGGUUAGAAUCAGCACAGUCGCUAGAAGAAAAUUUUGGCAUUGCACAUUCCUGCAAACCAUGAGUACUUUACGUUUGCAUGUUUCAUGCAUGUCAAGUGAUGUAAUAAAUGAGCUGACCGUCACUGGAAUGUAGAGGGGAUGGUGCAUGGUGAGUCACUUAUAGACAAGAUGUCUGCCAAGCUGCAGAGCACCGUUUAAGACUGACAAACAACAACACUGGUUGUUUUUUGUCAGUCUUUCACAGCAUAUUCACCAGUGUUUGUGACCCCGAACCUGGGUGUAUUUCACCAACAUUAAACAUCGUUUUUCCAGCAGCAUUUUGGGUGUUUUCACCAACGCAUCAUGGCAUUUCCCACCGGGGUUUGUGGCACCAAACUUGUGUGUUUUUAGCAGCACAUUGCACCGCUUUCCAUUGGCGUUUGUCACACCGAACCUGGACGUUUUUCAUCAACACAUCACAGUGUUUCCCAGCUGCGUUUGAGUCACCAAAUCUGGAUAUUUGUCAUUGACACAUUGCAGCAUUUUCCAGUGGCGUGCGGCACCAAACCUGGGUGUUUUCACUGACCCCAUCACAAUCCAGCAUUUGCUACUACAGCCACUUAACCCGAGUAUUUUUCACUGAUACAUUGCGGUGUUUCCCACAAGUGUUUGUGGCACCUAACCUGUGUGUUUUCAGCAUCCCGUCACAGCGUGUCCCCCGGUGUUUGAGCCACUGAACCUUGGUGAUUUCACGAACCCAUCACGGUGCUCCCCAGCGGCAUAUGAGCCACCAAACCUGGGUGUUUUUCACCAGCACUGCAGCAUUCCCCAGCAACGUCUCAGCCACAGAUCCCGGCUGUUUUUCAUCAACCCAUUCUUGCUUUUCCAGUGGCUUUUGCGCCACCAUGCGUGGGUGUUUGAAGCCAAAACGUGAUUUUUUCCAAACCAUAACCAAGUGGUUUUUGUGCCUAACUUCACCACAGUGAGGUGUCAAGUUUGUAUCUGCUACAAAAUAAUGUACAAAUAUACAAACGUAUGUGUGGUUUGCAAAAACGUACAAUAUGAACAUUUUCUCUGGCGACUUAGUUGUUAGAAUAUACUUCAUGUGGCAGCACUUAAACUGCAUUUAGUAUAAAAAGAGAUGCUUAAACUGAGUAUCACAAAGCAAAUACGAGGACGAUAACCAAAGCAUUACUUUUUUGUUUGUUUGUUUUUAAGACAUAUUUUGAGUUUGUAUUCUCCUAAAAUGUAAGACUCGAGUGUUGCUGGCCAGUACUGUAUAAUCCCACGUGAAGUCCAGCCCCUGAACAUAGUCUCAUAUUUGCUGUCUUUGUGCUGAGUGAAUAGCCUAAUGACUUGUAGUGGUCCUUAGUCCUGUGGAAUAGACUUCCAUUUGACAAAUAUCCCCUUCAUCAGAGAGAAAGAGAGUGUGUGAGUAGGGCUGUGGGAGUGUGUGUGUGUUGAUUAGCUCUUUUUAGCUCUCCUCAUCUUGGCUCUGAGGCUGAGAGCCUGGCGAGUGGCCACAGUGAAUGAGUGAAGACAGAGGGGUGUGAAGUCUGGAAUCAGACUGCUAUCCUAGUUUACCUCCCCAUCUAAUGAUGGGAAUGACUUUUUCGUGGACUAUUUUGGAGACUCGAUUUUCAUCUGCUCUCGCUAAAACUCCCUUCGCUGGUCCCGAGGCCAAAUCACACCUAUCAAAUCAUCAGCACUUCAGAGAUUGCUUUGUACUGUUCUCACAAGCUGUCGGCUGUGCUGAAAGUUUUCACUCUGUUUUCCUCCUUUGGUAAGUGUUAGCACAUUGCAAUAUGUUCUUUUUCCAGACAUUGCAAGAAAUGUGUUGCAACACAGAAGCUCAUGAGAUGGAGAUGUCUGGCUUUACAGUGUGUGUUAAUACCCAUCCACAGAUUGAGUGCAUAAGGCACAAAUAUCUGUUGUUUUGUGGCAUUAAGAGGCGUUUGCUGCUCUAUAACCAACCUGAGGCUAAAAAUGUCAUUCUUGACCUUGGAAACAGCAGUUGAGAAAACAAUCUGACCACAGCAUCAUCCCUAAUGCUCCUAAGGGCCUAGGCUAGUCAUGUGUUGAAUUUUGAGCAUUUGUCUUUUGAUAUAAACCAACAUUUUGAGAUAUCGGUAUGGGUUAUCUUCACUGUUCCAAUAGCAAAAAACAAAGACAGAUAGAAGUUUUAAAUGCAGUUUGAAUGUGAUGGUGUUUGCCAUCUACAACUGUGCAAACUAAUGAAGAUCAUGUGAGAUGGUUGAAAGCUAAACAGCAAUUAAUUACUGCAUCUGUGCAUCGAGCAUCCUCGUUGUUGAAUUUGGAAGGAGUGGAUAUUUAGAUGUUUUUGUUUGUUUCAUGCCGAAAUGUUAGUUUGUUAUACAUCAGGCAGGAAUGUAGCUAACCCUGCGUGAAUUUCCCGAAAUGAAUACCUCACCCCCUAAAUGACCGUCUGUAUAUCAGUUACUCGGUGCAUGUUUCAUUGAAUUCCUGAGGAAAACUUUGUUUUUCUCGCAUGUCUCCACGGUGAACGAAAAAUCCAAAAAUUGAGAAAUUUCUCGAUGCAUUUAAGUAAGAAGGGUCCGUGUUUAACAGCAGCAAAACUAUAUCAAAACUACUGCUUACAAACUCACACACAGUUCUUGCCGUAUAAGGGGCCGCAUACAUGCUGCCUUUUGCACUCAUAAUUAAUUAUUUUCAAUGUAGACCAGCAACAAGCACGCUUUCCCAAGUGCCUGUUUUUUAGGGCGCAACGGCUGUGCCUUGAGAUAAACCGAGUUCAACUUUAGGAAAGCAGCAGCGCGCACCACAUAUCGUGACGAGGAACAACCAAUCACAGCCAGCAGGUAUCUUUCCCUUCUUCCGUAAAUAUCAGUUUGC